AUGCAGCGCAUAGCAACGAGAUCCGUUUGCUCGGUUUGUAUUCGUUCAUCUCGGCCGACUACAGUUGCACGUUCAUCCCUACAAACAUGCAUUAGUCAACGCCUGGUUUCGCAGCAUUUCAAACCUCGCCCCUCGCGCAUGGUUCUCUCAGAUCGAGUUGAUCGACCACCUCCGUCUCGCGAUGACCGGCGCCAACGGCGUGAAACCCCAGGUCCUUUUGGAGGCAUGAACAAGAAAUAUGCCAAUAUUGAUUCUACCCGGAGAGUCGGUCCGCAUCGUGCGAUGGGAGGAAGAGAUGGCAAUGGAGGAAAGACAAGAGAGAGGGAAAACAGGAGAGGAGGGCCAAGAGACGGAGACGACCGAAAAGCGCUCAAGAUGCAGAGAGCCCUGGCUACAGUCUCGUACGGAAAGCGAACAGUAAUGAAAGAAAGCAUGACUGACUACGAAACGUUCGACAACUUUGAUCUCAUCCCCGCCCUUCAAGUGGCCGUCAACGAAGAGCUCUUUAAGGGCAUGACAGAUAUCAAGCCAACCCCUGUGCAGCGACUAGCAAUACCAGCUUUGCUGGGACAAAGAAGUCCAGACGACUUGAAAAGACCAACAGAAGAGAUGAGGUCAUUCUUAUUAGCGGCAGAGACUGGCUCCGGGAAGACUUUGGCCUAUCUGUUGCCGGCUAUCGAUGCUCUCAAGACUGCCGAAGCAGAGGAUCCUGAGCUAAAGGCCUACCGUGAACGAUGGGAACUCGAGAAGCAACGACAACUGGAAGCCCAUUCCAAGGGCAAGCCAUUUGACGAGCCGCAUCCUACCAUGGCUCGCCCCAAGGUUGUCGUCCUUGUGCCCACAGCGGAGCUUGCGCACCAGGUCACAAAAGUAUCCAAAGCUCUGUCACACGUGGCCAAGUUCAAGACAGAACUCCUCUCUUCAGAUUUGAAACCCCAGCAGAUCCAGCGUAACCUCUACGGACCUAGGGGAGUUGAUGUUAUCGUCUCAACGCCUCAUCUUCUCGCAUCGAUUGCCGAUUCAGAUCCCAAUAUCCUCUCCCGCGUAUCUCAUCUAAUCGUCGACGAGGCGGACUCUCUUUUCGACCGAAGUUUUGCUCCAGUCACCACCAGUAUUGUCGAACGAGCGCUACCCUCCAUGAAACAGUUUGUCUGCUGUUCAGCCACGAUUCCCCGCAAGCUCAACAACUUCCUCGCCACCAACUACCCCAAGAUGGUCCGAAUCACCACACCCAACCUCCACGCCAUCCCUCGACGUGUCCAGUUAGGCGUCGUUGACGUUUCCAGAGAACCGUACCGCAACAGGAAGGAUCUCGCCUGUGCCGAUGCUAUCUACUCCAUCGGCCGCGAGUCUGCCAGUCACGAAGGACCAGUAAAGGGCGAAGUUGAUGUUCGCCGCAUAAUGGUUUUCGUCAACGAGCGGGAAAAGACCGAGGAACUGGCGAACUACCUCAGAGAGAAGGGAAUCAAUGCCGAGGCUCUCCACAGAGAUACACCUGAGAAGCGCCACGGCGAAGUUCUGGAGACUUUUACUUCUCCGGCGCCUCUUAGAAUCCCAACCCCGUCAAUUGCCUCCAAGGCUCGAUCACUGGCCAACGUGAGAGUCCUGGUCGUUACAGACUUGGCCUCAAGGGGUAUUGACACCCUCGCAGUCCGUCAUGUGAUUCUAUAUGAUGUCCCCCACACAACCAUUGACUUUAUCCACCGACUUGGUCGUGCCGGACGAAUGGGUCGACGUGGUCGUGGCAUUGUGCUUGUUGGUAACGACGAUAGAAAGGAUGUUGUCGCAGAGGUCAAGAACAGUAUGUUUAGAGGACAGGCCCUGAUUUAA